AUGAGGGGUGACGAGGUCCGCUUCUGCACAGGCAACCAGAGUGUCUCCCUGUGCUCCCGAGGGCUGGACCCCGGGGCAGUGGCUCCUGCAGCCCCCAAGAUGCCGAGGCAUUUGCAGGCCAUCCUGGCCUUUCUGGCCACGACCGUGGUCUCCUCUCUUGUGGCUCUCUUCAUUGUGGAUCCCUACCACUUUGGCAGGGAGGCAGAGCUGCAAGAGGCUAUCCAGAUGUUUAAAGGGCAUGUGGAGAAUUCCAGCACCUGGAGCGUGGAGAUCCAGAUGUUGACGUACAGGGUGGACAAUGUCAGUUCUCAGAUCCAGAUGCUCGGUGGUCAUCUGGAAAAUGCCAGUGUUGACCUCCAGAUGGUAAAAGGCAUCUUAAAGGAUGCCAGCAACUUGAGUUUCCAGACCCAGAUGUUAAGAAGUUCCUUGGAGGGGACCACUUCUGAGAUGCAGAAGCUAAAGGGAGAUCUGGAAGACACACAAGCUUCACAUUCCCAGAUCCAGAGUUUCUUAAGAAGCGGUUUAGAAAACACUAGCACUGAGCUCCAUAUGUUAAGCAGAGGCUUAGAAAAUGCCAACACGGAGAUCCAGGUGUUGAAGGCAGGGUUAGAAACGGCAGAUGCUCAGGUCCGAUUGGCAAACAGUAGUUUAAAGAAUGUUAAUGCCCAGAUCCAUGUUUUGAGAGGCGAUCUGGAUAGUGUCAAUGAUUUAAGGGCCCAGCAGAAAGUUUUAAGAAGUAGUUUGGAAGGUGCUACUGUUGAGAUGCAGAAGCUAAAGGGAAGUCUGCAAAAUACAAAUGCUUUAAACUCCCAGACCCAGGCCUUUAUAAAAGGCAGUUUAGGCAACACCAGUGCUGAGAUUCAGGUAUUAAGAGGUCAUUUGGAAAGGGCUGGUGAUGAGAUUCGCCUGUUAAAAAGAGAUUUGGAAACUGUCACUGCCCAGACCCAAACAGUAAAUGGUCGCCUGGAACAGACAGACGCUCAGAUGCGAGUAUUAAAAACAGAGCUAGAAAGCGCCAUUGCCUUAAGUUCCAAGAUUCAGGUGUUAGAUGGUCUUUUGAGAAACGCCAGCCGAGAGAUACAGACCUUAAAACAAGGAAUGAAGGAUGCUGCGGCCUUAAAUUCCAAGACCCAGAUGUUAGAGAGAAAUCUGCAGGAGGCCAGAGCUGAGGUCCACAGGUUGAAAGAGGAUUUGGAGAACACCAAAGCAAUGACUACGAAAAUCCAGGAGGAGCAGGGUAGCCUGGAGACCCUCCGCGCAGCGUCUGCUUCACAGGAGCAGCUCCAGAGGACCCAAAAUCAACUCCUCCAGCUGAUCCUGCAAGGCUGGAAGUCCUACAGUGGGAGCCUGUAUUACUUUUCUCUUGCCAAGAAGACUUGGGAGGAGGCUGAGCAGUUCUGUGUGUCCCAGGGAGCCCACCUGGCCUCGGUGACCUCUGAGGAGGAGCAGGCAUUUCUGGUACAGUUCACAAGUGCCUCUUACCACUGGAUUGGGCUCACUGACAGCGAUUUUCAGGGCUUCUGGCGCUGGGCGGAUGGCACACCAUUCAACAGUGCCGGGAGCAGUGCGUUUUGGGACAGGAAUCAGCCGGACAACUGGCUACACGAGAAUGGGCAUACGGAAGACUGUGUUCACAUGCAGCGGAAGUGGAAUGACAUGUACUGUACCGCCCUCUACCAGUGGGUCUGCAAGAAGCCCAUGGGCCGGAUGUAG